GGCUCAUGCUCUCAAUGCCCACAAUGCCAUCCUCCGCCCGCGCGUCCUCCUCUGCUGUCCUCGCUCUAGGUGGCUCACUUGUGGCAUCGGCUCUGCUGGCUGCCGGCUACCAGGCAGCCUGCAUUGGCGGCGUCGCGUGCGUGCACAGCAAGUGGCUCUUUCUCCCGAUAGUCCCGCUGGCAACCAUUGCGCACCUCAUGUCAUGCGCGGCCGUCGCGGCAGACCGCGCCACUUUCAAACGCAAGUGGUACCCGCGAGCAUCGGUACGUCGUGUAGCGAAGGCGCUGAUUUCAGGCUGCAGCGCUGUCCUUGGCUAUACUUGCGUUCAUCGUGUCUUUCACUGAGUGGACCAAGGUCGACGUAAGUCCGCGGACCCGGAAUGGGGUCCGUGAAAGAUGCCACUGGAGGCUGUCGUCAUUCCCUCGGUCACUGCACGGGGUGACAGAGCACGCUGAUCCCAGGUUUCUGCUUGGAGACGCUGUACCCAGCGAAGGGAAGUAUACGCUGCCCUUGCGUGCGAAGAGGGACAUGCGGCCUAGGUCAUGGGGUCGGUGG